UGGAACAAAAGUUUCUUGGCACUGCCAAAAGCCAUAGUGCUUGAACGCCACAGGAACGCCGUAGCCGCCGAGCAACGCCCUCAAGACAGCCAAGUGAGUACUGCCACCGCUUCCAGGAUCUCAGAUGACAACCAAGGACGUAGAAGCUCUCUGCAUUCGUCUCGGCCAGCUGUCGGCGGAAGAACUGCACUCUCUAGAUGACGUCAAAGCGCCCUGGCUUUCUCGGCUGAAAGGCAAAACACCGGAACGUGCCGUCAGCAGGAUUCAGCGCUCCCUCCAUGCCGUCGUCUCCCUUGACCAUCGGCUCGCUUAUGUCGCCUGGUUGUACUGCUAUCUUAUGCGAUGGGACAAGCUUCGGCCUUGGCUUCUGUACCACUAUGACGUCCCUGCUGCUACGGUUGACUGUUCCGAGCUUCUGGGACACCUGGUUUCCUCGUUGAUGGUUCCUAUCGCCGACACGACGGCCAUGCAGGCUAGCCAAGGGGGUGCAUUGCACGCCUGUCUCCUGACCAUGGAGCCAGGACUGGCGCCGUAUGACCACAAGUUACUGUGCUUGUGCCUCUGGCCCGGGCUGCCCUUCGUGGCCGCCCAUUCAUCGGGACUGAGAAUCCAGCGCCGGCUGAUGAUCGCGCUGGGACGUGUGCUGCGCGACAUUCCCGUGGAAGUGGUGGGUGGCGUUUACGGCGACCUUGACUCCGUGUUUGGCGCGGCCAGAAGUUAUUGCAGCGAUCCGCUGGCGCAUCGCAUGGCCGAAGCGCGUUACGCCGAGGGCCUGCAGUUGACUGUCUCGGGGCAAUGCCGGCGGCCUGACGCCAACAAAACUGAACGCCACACCAGUAGCCAUGCUCAGAGCGUGAUACCACCACCCAAGAAGAGCGGGAACAGCGGCGAAAGUAGGGCCGGGAGAUAA